CAACUAUGACGUCAUCACUGACGUCAUCACAGAUGAUCGUCAAUCCGAUGAAUCAGCUGAUGGUCAAGAAUCCGCAGACGAAACAGACGAGCGUCCACGGUCAACAGGGAGUGAGUGCAUCGCAGAUGAGACAACAGGGUAACACGAUGAAUCAGCUCUCGUCCGCUCAGUCGAUUUCUCGGCCGUCGAGUCAACACACGUCGCCAUCACACCAACAGUUGAUGCAGCCGAUGCGUCCCGUUCAACAGGGUCUGUCCGUCAAUGCGGCUCUCAAUCAGGUCUUGAUGUCGGCGGCGACGACGAAGAGCGUCCCGCAGAGAGGCGUACACAUACAACCGGCUGGCACGGUUCAUCAUCAUUCGGUCGACGCGUCGAACGUCGGGCAACUACAACAGAAUCAGUUGCUGCAGCAGUUGAAGAGACAGACGGCAACACAGCAGGUUACGUUGCCCGUUCAGAGUCCGAGAGUCAAUGUGGGAUACUCAACGAGCGUCGUGAAUUCGUCCGGCAUCGCCAGUCAGUCCCAACCGCUGGCAUUGCAUCGAAUGGCGUCAGGGAGUGCGUCCGCUGCCAGUCAGUUGGUCGACAGUGUUAUGUCCACACGACAUCUCUCUCCUCAGCCGCACAUACAGCAGCCGAUCGCCGUCACCUCGACACCACCACUCACUCAGUGGCCACAUCUACAACCGAAGCAGACGCAGCAGAUGAGCAUUGCACAACAGCCGAUCGUUCAUGCGUUGCAGUCGUCGGUUAAUCAAGUCGUUCAGCAGCCUGGACGGCCGAUUCAAGGCACGUCCGGCAUUCAACAAGUUAGACACGCCGGCACGACGUCAGUGCAGACGUCCGGUCAUCAGUCGCAGCUGCAAGCGCGUCAGACACUCGAACGGUCGUCACUGCAAACGUCCAAGCCGCCGCCGAUUCAGGCUCCUCUUCAAGUGCAGCCUCAAGUUCUACAGCAACUGCAGCAGCAGACCGUCCAGCAGACGCCACAGCAGCAGCGGCAGCUCGUGAACUCUCUGACGUCUCAACCAUUGAAACACGAGGCGACGCCGAUCGUCACGUCAGUCCUGAUGCUCUCUCAGCCUCAACUCCAGACUCAAUCGUCUCACCUACAGACGAUACAACCAGCUCAGCAGCAGCUGCAGCCGCCGCAACGCGCUGUGACGACGACGUCUCAGAACGUCCAACCGUCGCACACGCACGUGCUCGUACACCAAGCUCAGCUUCAACAGCAGACGCCGUCGGUUGCGUCUGUCGUCCGGAUGUCGUCACAGCCACAGCUGCAAACGCAAGCACAACCGGUCGCUCUCCGUCCUGCUCACCACGCACAGCAAGAGCCAAUGAGGCAACUCCACGGUCUCCAACAGCAUCAGGUCCGUCCGAAUGUCUCUCAAGUGAUGACGAUCGUGUCGGCGUCCGCACAAACGGCGCAGCCACCCGCCAACGCGACGAUCCACCACACACAGACGCAGCAAGCAAAACCGAAGUCUCUCACCCAGCAGCUUCAAGCGACGCCUCAAGUCACGACGAUGCAGCAGCCGGUCACUCAACAGUCAAUGAAAGUCACAUCUUCAGUCCAGCAGCUUCCUGUUGUGCAGCUACAGACGAUUCAGACGUCACGCCAAGGCCAGUCGUCGUCCGUCCAGCAGCUUCGUCUCGUUACCUCAUCCGGAUCGUCGUUCCAGCUCCCGUCGAACCAACAGCAGGUGACGUUGAUACAACUGCAGCCCGGGCAGCAGGGACAGUCAUUUCAGACGCAGACGGCGGACGGGAAGGUGCUGCAGUUUCGGCUCGUGACGGGCGGGCAGACGGGCUCGCUAUCGAACGUGCGGCCCGUUCUGUUGCAGGGAGGGAACGUGAAGACGGUGUUGACGUCUGGAGUUCCGUUUCAGACGAAGGCUGUGAAACGGCCGGCAAGCGAGACGUUAGCUGGACAACCGGUGAAGCUGCCGACAGGUAUCCAUGGAGCUCUCUAUCGUCAGAAACAGGCUGUUCUACAGCCAAACUGUAAAACAGCGUUCACGAGUGUUGACGAUGCAGUCAGUCGUCUUCUUCCUUAUCACAUAUGUGACCAACCAGACGCUGAUCCUGCAGCUCAGACUUUUGACCAAGUGUUUGAUGUUGUUUCAAAGCAACUGGUCAGUCGGAGAAAUCAGAUGUUUGACAAGUACAGAAUGCUGCUGUUCAAGGAAGCACAGUGUAACGCUCCAUCGUCAGAGAAGGUGAUGGUCGCUAGAAUGUUCUUAUCAGACGAGAAGCAGCGUCUCGCCCACGACAAACAGCAACUGAGUGACGAGAAACAGACGAUUGUAAAGGAAAUGAACGCCGAUCGGGAGGGGGCAACAGAGACGACAACAGAGGCUGCUAGUGGCAGUGUAUAGAGCCAUAAUGUUAUAGAUAGAGAAUGGAAUUAUUGUGACUGUAUUUACUGCGCAGUAUUUGGUUCGGUCGUGUUGUCUAUCUGCCUUGUUGGUAGGGACGGUUUGUUACUGUGUAACAUCGAUGGUUGGACUGCGUGCUAUUGCUGCUUGGUCCAGUGAGAUAAUACGAUGUGGAGUAGCCUGUGA